AUGCUCGCUAAGAGCAUCGAUGCCCGGGUGCGGCCUCAGGCCAGUGGGCUUAUGGAGAAAUCGAGUAUGCAAGGUGCCGCUCGGGUUUACGUGAGUAAAGAGACCAUGAUUUCUCUUGUUGGGACUAUCGAGCACGGAAAGCACUGCCUUGUCACUUUGCUCGAAUCCUCUUCCUCUUCCUCUUCCUCCGACCCGACAUCACCCAACUACUCCGAUGGCCCGCAACUAGUGCUACAACGAGAAGCAGCACUCUGGACUCUCCCAGAGAAGAAUCUCAGCAAAAAUGUGGUUGUUAUGUCAACUGCAUUCAGAGAAGCAACAGGCUUCAAGGUCGGCGACCUCAUCCGCCUCACAACCACAGGAGUAACACCUGACGCACAAGAAGUGGUCCUGCAGGAUGUGACGGACAAGCCCGAAAACGACCCGGACAGGUUGGUGAGGUGGGAGAAAGAGGCAAAGUAUCCCGUCUCAUGGGAAUCUCUGCUUGGUCCUGUUCUUGAUCGUGCUGAUCUGAUUUUCCCUGGCGGCGUGGUGGAGGCGGUUUUCUGUGGCAAGUUGCGCAAAACUUUCGUAAUCAUGUCUGUGAACUCACAGAGCAACAACUUGGCAAAGUUCAAAAUGGCUUCGACAACCAUCACUAUUGCGGCAGACGAGACAUCCAUCACGGACGCCGCUCCGCUGGCUGGAGGUGAUCUAGUUGUCACUCAGAUCCCUGGACUCUCGGCUCCCGUCAAAGCAAUCAACACUUUUCUCUCUGGUUUCACGAAGCCCCCCUUCUACAAUUUCAGUCCAAGAUCAUGUGGCUUCGUGAUCCAUGGUAGCCGUGGUACUGGAAAGACUUUUAUUCUGAAGCGCCUUGCUGAAACAGGAUGGGGAAGGGUUCACUGGAUCAAACAAUCUGACAAGAUUUCUAUUAUCAGAGAAAAGUUCAAGCUUGCUGUAAGCCACCAGCCAAGCAUAGUGCUCAUCGACAAUUUGCAUGCUGUGAUCAACAAGGAUCGUUCCAACUACGAAUCUGUUAUUGAAACAAUUGGCGAAGAGCUGGAUGCGCUUUCUGACAUGGCAUCCGGCCGCAAGACUCUCCCCCAAGUGGCGGUAAUAGCAACAUGCCUCGACUUCCUAACUGGCGUUCCAGAGGAACUCGUGGCGCCUGGUCGCUUCUUAGAGAAUGCCCCAUUACGCAUUCCUGGACCGAGCCAACGUCGGGAAAUACUCGAGUCUUUCAACAUGCCCAUCAAAGAAAGCGAGAAGCAAGAUCUUCUACUACAUCUUGCCAAGAUCACACACGCCUACGUCCCCAAAGAUCUUAAGAAACUAGUAGCCCACGCAGUUUACAGCUCCGGUGAUCGACUCCUCGAGGCGGGUGUCGAACCACAGGCCGAUGAACAGGAACACUACCUCACAAAGGCAGAUCUCGAAAGGGCAAAGAGAAACAUACGUCCCAGCGCUGCACACGACGUCAACCUGAAUCCUCCUACUGUUCUAUGGCAAGAUGUUGGUGGACAAGAUCAUGUGAAGACGGUACUUGACCGGAUGAUCAAGUUCACCAUGGAACCGGGAAAGUUCAUCCGCCCACCGUCCAAAGGCCUCCUUCUUUACGGCCCUCCUGGCUGUUCCAAGACACUAUCCGCUCGAGCGGCUGCAACGGAGUCCGGCUUCAACUUCUUCGCCAUUAAGGGUGCUGAACUCCUUAACAUGUUCGUUGGUGAGACCGAACGCGGAAUUCGCGACCUCUUUGCUCGCGCCUGCAACGCAUCCCCCUCAAUCAUCUUCUUUGAUGAGAUCGAUUCUAUUGCUGGGCAACGUGCUGGUGCUGCUGGCGGCCGCGGUUCCAACAACAUCAACACUGUCGCAGCACUCCUUACUGAGAUGGACGGCUUCGAAAAACUAUCUGGUGUAUUAGUGCUCGCUGCCACCAACCGCCCUGACGCGUUGGACCCUGCGUUGCUGCGACCAGGUCGUUUUGAUCAAGCGCUGUAUGUCGGGCCUCCCGACGAAGCCGCUCGAGAAGCUAUCUUCGGAGUACACCUACGCGGCAUACCCCUAAGCGCCGACGUCAAUAUACCCGAACUCGCCCGUCUCUCCGAGGGCCACUCUGGUGCGGAGAUCCAGGCCAUCUGCGACAAGGCCUCUGUAGUUGUGCAGGAACGGUUUGAAAAGGAUGAGGAGGCGAAUGAGCUUGUUGUGAGCAUGACUGACUUGACAACUGCCAUGGGCAAAACGAAACGCCAUAUUACAACGCAAAUGCUGGAAGGUUUCAAAAAGUGGGAGGCUCAGUUUUAG